AUGGCAGAAAAGAAAAGAGAAUUCAAAUUGACAAAGCGGCCUAAACAACUAACUGUUAACUGUAUUAAUUGCUAUCGGUUUUACUUCAUCCCGGAAGCUCGACGAUUCGAGGAGAAUCACGACGAUGUUUUUCUAGAUCAACGAGUAUUGUCCUUAUUGGUGAGUUGUUUCAAUUUGAAUUUCAAAAAUUUUCAGCUAGUCUCCCGUCGGUUUCGCACUCUUCUUUUCGGUUCUCAGAUCAUCUUUAGUACUGAUGAAUAUUUUUAUGCGAACGGUCCUCGUCCAGGUUGUGUUAAGUAUCGGUCCCAUGAUUUGAAUCUGCUGAUCUUGCUGGGAGCCAUUGUAUCCUCGGACUUUGUAAUCUAUGUAAAUGGCCACACUGGAAGAUGCUUUGACGUUGAGAUGGUUAAGCUCAUUUACCUUGCGAAACGUGGGAUUCAAUUCAUAAAAUUUUAUUUCAUAAGCAUAAAGCACCUACCAUAAUUUCAGGGCUCAAACUGGCGCUAGAUCUGGAUCCCUGGCUUCGGACUCGAUUAGUUGACCAGUUAUUGGCCGAUGUUCAACUUCUUAAACACUCCAAUCCAUGCCAUCUUUUGCUUCCGAUUCAUUAUGGACUCGAGCCCGUUGUCACCUCUAGUCUUGGAGAGUUUUCGGGGAGCAAGAUGCUAUUAUGCAAUGAUAUUUGUCGCUAUGAUCGGUUGCCAGUCCCGUAUGGACUUAACCAUUCUCGGAUGGAUAAUCUCAAGACCAUUGAAAUUAGAAAUCCAUGUAAGUUUUUGACUUGCUCUUCGUAUUUUUUAAUUGUUUAUGCUUCUGUUUCAGAUUACGCAACAAUUUUUGAUUACAAUUGUAAAGAACUCUUCCUAACGAAUAUGAAUUUCAUAACGAUUGUUCAAUACCUACCGCAAGUUUCAUUAAAAAUUCAUGAGUUUGAAUUCCUGAUAUAAUUUUUAUUUAUAUCAGUAAUUUAUAUAGGCUUCCACCAAUGCCCAAUUUGGAAGCUUUGCACGCCGACGUUAAAUACGAGGAUUUGAAUGACGAUGGAGCUUAUGAACUGUUUUCUGAUCUUAUGAGUGAUCUACAAAGAAAAGCGCCGAAAUGCAUAGUAAUGUUGUCUGGGAAUUUGAGAGUAUUCUCCAAGACCUAUAAGCAGCAACGAAAUAUUCUAAGGUCAGCUGUUGUUGGAAUCGAAAGGUUUGCCCUUUGGUUGCUCUCGUGCGAAAAUAUAUUCUUGGAUGGCGUUGUCAAUGUCAAUCUUCCAUUAUCAGUGAGUUUACAACGUUUUCUCGGUUUAAAAACUUGCUUUAGGAAGAAGAUAAAGAUGACUUAUUCUUUGAGGACAUUACCACGGACACGCCUUAUCGAAGUAUCCGAAUUCACGUGGGCCAAUGGAACUUUACGCCCAUUUUCAACGAACUUGUUGAUGUUAAUGUAAGUUCUUGAUAAUUAUAGGCUUGUUUCUGAAACAUAAUUAUGUAAUAUCACCGUCUUUUUAACCACAUUCUUCAUUCCAGGGUAGAUCUCGCGUAGGUUUCGAUGUUAUCUGCCGAUUCGAUGACAAUGUUCUUGACAAACUUGGUGACAAAGACCUGCAUAUUAUUCAAUAA